UGAGUUUGAAAGAAUCUGCAGAAAGGAGGUGAAACCACUAGGAUUAACACUCAUGAGAGAUGUGACCAUUUCAAAAUCAGAAUAUACUCCAAGCGAGAAAAUGGUUGUGAAAGUGCAGGAUUUCCAGGAAGACGAGGAGCUCUUCAGAUACUGCACUCUCCCUGAGAUUCUGAAAUAUGUGGAAUGCUUCACUGGACCCAACAUCAUGGCCAUGCACACAAUGCUGAUAAACAAACCUCCAGAUUCUGGCAAGAAGACCUCUCGUCACCCCUUGCACCAGGAUCUGCACUACUUCCCCUUCCGGCCCAGCAAUCACAUCGUCUGCGCUUGGACAGCGAUGGAGCACAUUGACCGCAACAACGGUUGUCUGGUCGUGCUCCCGGGCACCCACAAAGAACCCCUGAAGCCACAUGAUUACCCCCAGUGGGAGGGGGGAGUUAAUGUGAUGUUCCACGGGAUCCAGGAUUAUGAGGAAAACAACACCCGUGUGCACCUGGUGAUGGAAAAGGGAGACACUGUUUUCUUUCAUCCCCUGCUCAUCCACGGAUCUGGUCGGAACAAAACUCAAGGAUUCCGGAAGGCCAAGGGUUAG